UGUGAGUCAGAGGCAGCGUUCAGUCGACUUGACUGUUUGGCGCGCUUUGGUCGCUUGCAUAUUUCAUAAACAUUGAACGCUUCGUACAUCACACCACGUGCUUCGCGUGUACAUGCAUAGUGAUAAGUGGGUAGACUCGCUAUAUUGUGACAAUACAAACCCGAGUGUUAGACUGUGUUUGAUAGUGUUUUUGGUGAACGUUCAAGCUGUUUUUAUCGGACAAACUGAGAAACGUUUCAGCGGCGGAGGAGUGUAUUUGGAAAUACCUGAAAGGGUAGUGAGGGGAGCCGAUGAUCCCAUGAGCUGGUCUGAUGCUCGCUUCAUACCCUCGCCGUGAUGUGGACGCGGACCCGCCCGUGGUCUGGCCAGCGUGGUGCUACACAGGUGAAGGCGGCGGGGGCGCAACUCGACGUUGCGCGCGCGAUGCGGCGUCGCCGGCGCAAACGCACGCGCCGGCGCCUACGCCACAAGCACACACCGUCAAGAGUGAGAGACUCAGUCCACAUGAAUCUAACGCAUCCAGAUCUCGCAGCGUGACACCGUCGACGUCGUCGUACCCCGGCACGCCGCCGGAGCGCGGCAGCCCGCACGCGCCGCCCGCGCCCGCGCACCCGCCGCGCAACUACUCGGACAUCAUGCGCUCGCUGGCGGCGCGGUACAACACGCACCCGGCGAAUGAUUACUUCCACCGCGUGAACGGCUUCGGUCUGGAGCCGCGCGCGCCGCUCCCUCAGAGCGACGUCAGCGACACGCCCGUAGGCGGCCUGUUUGCGAAGCUCGCGCAGCAGCAGGGCGGACCGCCCAGGCUCCCCGCCUUCCCUGUCAUGAUGGAUAUGAGCGCUACUAAGACACUACUGGCGAUAUCGCGGGUGAGUCGCACGGGCCGAUCGCGUCGGAAACGCGUCGGUGUCGGCUCGGCGCCGGAACACUCUCCGCUCGAUCUCUCCGCGGCGGGAGAGAGCGCGGCGAAGAGGGCGCGACUCUCCGCCAGUCCGAGCACGAGGAGUGAUGACGAUAGGGACAGGGUCUCGAAUGAAGAUCGGAGUGAAACCCGCGACUGCCUGUGCGCGGAGGCGCGUGCUCGGGUUUCCGCUUGGUCCGUCGACGACGUGUGCGACUUUGUUGGCUCGAUCGACAUUUGCGCUGAGUACGCGCCGAAUUUCCGUGAACAGAGGAUCGAUGGAGCGGGCCUGCCGCUGCUAACCGAGGACCAUCUCACGGGCAUGCUGCAGAUGAAGUUAGGGCCCGCGUUGAAACUCCGAGCGGUGUUGGCGCGAAGGCUCGAGCCCUGUGCUCAGUGUCAAGCCAACAUGCUCCUCACAGCCCCGGUCACACCCAACACACCCAAAAUCAACGGCGCCGCCUUAAAAUCCGAACCCAGAAGUAAUACGACCAGUCCUAGUUAAAAAUUGCAUUUUAGACAACGAACUACUUUUAGGUUAAGUGGUCUUUGUACUUAAUUCGUAUGUGUAUUUACCUUAUUGACUGCCUGACACGUAAAAUAUAUAGGUGUGCUUUAUAUUAGAACAUAUUUUUCAAUGUGCUUGUAUUUUACGUGGCAUCCAAUCAAUAAGCGUACCGAGUGACGUCGUAUAACGUUUUGUAUAGAGCCUGUUGUUGGAGUUUUUACGUAGUAGUUCUAAAUUAAAGACUUAAACGGUUGUUAUUGUAAACCCGGCCAAUUUCUACUUUGAAUAUUUUAAGAACAUCACAGAUACUUAAUGCUUGAAAAAAAAUGUAAUUUCGGACUGAGUUCAUUCACACAGUUUUCUAUUAAAAUAGUUUUUUUAUCCGUCUCGUGCUAUUGACAGCUACAUAUUUUCAAUAACGACAACGUUUGCUUUCGUACCUUAACGACACUUAGUCAAUCGGUUUCUAGAGUCUUCCUGUUUAUAGAUUAUUGCAUUUAGUUUCUACUUAAGCCUAGGAAUAUUAGCUAAGCGUUUGUAAAUAAUGUUAAAUGUUGCCGUCCAAAUAUUUUCGCUAUAUUUGGUAAGAGUUGUGUUGUCAAUUGCUAAUUUAAUAUAAUUAACUACUUAACAAAAGAAGUGUUGCACGCAAGCGACAGAUGUGAAAAUUAUAUGAAGUUCGGUGCUAUUUGACCCUGUUAGAAAUAAUUUUAGAUGUAGAUUGCACUUGUACAUAGAGGGCCUUUGUAAAGUUAUUCAUAUUGAGGCUACGUGUACUGAACACAGGGUCAUCGUUACAAUCUGUAUAUAUUAUGCGAUAUAGUUUUAUCGAUGUAUGUUUACAUCACAUUAUAUAUAGCAUUUAUUUGUACCACACCUGAGUAAAGCUCAUUAUUUUCAUACCGCGUGUAUAGACCAAGCGGUUACAUUUUAAGUCGUCGGCUGAUAGAAUGUGAAUUUAUCGAUGUGAAAUUACAUUGUUUAGUCUAUUCGAUACGGUUGUUAGCUCUACUUUACUGCCGUAUAUACUGAGCAAUGAAAUGCUAAAUCGGUACAAUAUCGCAUUCUCUUCGCUGAAGGCAUUAGUUCAUACGUACGUGUAAAUUCUAUGCACAAUAUUCUCUCGAGUUGUUUUACCAUAUCUGUAAAUACGUACAGGUUUUAAUAGUUUUAGAAGGAAACAGUAUGUUUAGUUAUGUUUUAUUACCUGUGGUAAUCUCCUUAAUUGCCAAAAUAGAUGUAAAAACCUGCAAAAGUUAGCUUAUAAUCUAUUUUCUCCUGCAAGCAUAAACUACAUCUCUUACAGUUUGUUUAAUUAUAUGUAAAAUAUGAAAAAUUAUAAAGAGCUUAUACGGUGCUAAUACAUACAAAUUAAUAAACAAAUAUCUGUGCCUUAAUCCAGGUCUUCCUAAAAUAUAUUUUCCCUAAAUAAACUACAGUAAAGUUAAUUAUUCAUUGUUAUAUUAUUACGGUUCUACGCUUUAAUCGGACAAUAACAAUAACAUUUAUAAAGUAGGUUAAUUACGACGAAUUUGUAGUUAAUUAUUGUUAUAUAGAUUUGAAUGUUACUGCUUUUUAACGUAAUUUUACUGUGGACAAGUGACUUAUGUAAAUUGUAUGUAUUUAAGUUUUGAUUGUCAUAUUGUAAGUCCGAAUAUCAAAGACAAAUAUAAAAGAACUUCUAUUUUUUAGUUAAAUUUCCUUGUUUGAUUGUUUUUGUUAAAUAAAUGUCUAAUUCGUAUAUUCCAUGUAUCAUUCUGUGACUUGUACACAAUCAUUUAAAUAUAUAGUAUACCACUGAUACUAAGUAUAGAUAUCAUUUUAAAUAAUAUUGAACAAAGUUCACGAUUUAUAGACUUAUGUCGUAAAAUUUUGACAUGGUAUAUUAUGUAAUUAAAUGCAUUGUAGUAAGACCAUUUAUAAAUAGUUACAUCUCACUUGAAUGAUAACAUGGAUGAAUAGUUUGAUUUGAAACACAUUUUAUAAGCACAAAAAUUUCUUUUUUUGUUCGGCUUAAAAAUAUACUGUCUUUGAUAUUGAAUGUGCAUAAUAAGAAGACAAGAAUGAGGUUUUUUUAGUCACUGUUUAAAUCCUUGUGAACAUUAAUAUUAAUAAUUAAUUAUAUAGCCUAUGUAGAUCUUAAUUCCGGAUUAAGUUCGAUCCAUUUUAAGUAUUUAUGUGAAGGAGAAUAAAAACAAUGAUUUUAUUGA